AUGGUGGCCAUCACGCGGAGCGCCGCUAGGCUACGGGCUCCCGACUUCACCGUGCGGCUGCCUGACGAGCUGCUGGAGCUUUGCUUCCCCGCAGAAUGCCGGGCGCUGAAGAGCCAAGGCCGCCUGCGCCUGGUGUGCCGUCGCUGGCGCCAGGUUGUUGACGCCAGCCCCACACUGUGCUCCUGUCUGUCGAUCGGCUGCGCGUACCUUGCCAAGGACCGCCCUACCAACCUGGACCCAGAGGCCAUGGUGCGGCUGGCCCAGCAGCGAGCCGGCGUGGUGCAGUCAGCCGACGUGGUGGCAGCGCACCUGCCAGGCAUGGUGGAUGCGGCGCGGCAGCUCACUGCGCUGACGUCGCUUGCCUUGCAAGCUACACCCGACUUUGGGUAUGAGCAGCCCGAUGCCAAGAGCUGUGGCGCGGCGCUGGCGCGGCAGCCACUGGGCCUGGGCGCCCUGGUGCGGCUGCGGGACCUCUUGUUGUGCGUGGACGACCUGCAACCUGCAACCUGCGGCCAGCUGUCUGCGCUCUCCGGCCUGACCCACCUCGACGUGGGGACCGUCAUGGCUCAGGUUCCGCCCCAGCUGUGGCAGGCUGCGGGCUGCAUGCCGCGCCUGGCGCACCUGCGCUUGGUUGUGCAUGUGGGUGUGCAUGAAGCGACGUGCACCAUCGAUGGCGAGGCGUGGGUGUGCCUGGCGGCGUGCACCCAGCUGACCGCGCUCACAUUGCGCCACUGCUUGACACAUGACUGGGAACGUGCAUCAGACUUUGAGCUGCUUCCGGGCAUCGCUCGGCUCGAGUCGCUGCGCUGCUUUAAGCUGAGCGGCAGCCUGGGCAGCCUGGGCGACCUGUGGCAGCACCCAACCCUGCGCCAUUUGUCGCUAGACCUUCGCAACGAAGACCUGCCGAUGCCCCCUGGUGCCGACAUAUGCAUGCCCGCGCUGCAGCACUUGAAGUUGAGCAGCGAGAACUGCCGCAAAUUUAAAAUUAUGAACCAACCUGUCAUCCUUUAUGCCUUAGAACGGCGCCAAAACGGCGCCAAGAAUGUGUUUCUCACUAAGUCAGAUGUAGAGGGCAUCAUCCGGAUCAAGCAGGGCGACCAGCAGGCGCCCUCAGGCCGGCGGCGGCGGGGUGCGGGAGGGGGGGCGGCAGUGCAGGGCGGCACCAAGAACUACAGCAAGAAGGUGCUGCAGUUCUUCCAGGUGCUGAAGGGCGCUGGCGGUCAGGACAUCCUGUGCCGCUGCGUCAAGCGCAGCGGAGAGUGGCGGUGGUGCCCCGUGGUGCCGCUCGAGGAGCUGCCCCGAGUGAUCAAGGAGCACCACGAGCGGGCGACUGGCUUCAGCGGUGUGGAGAAGCUGUACACACAUCUGGCCUACAACGCACCCACCGAGCUGGCAGCUGGUGCUGACGGCAAGCGCGGCAAAGUGGGCAAGCAGCUGGGCCGCAACCGCAUCGUGUGCCGCGUGGUGGAGAUCAAGCGGCCCUUUGGCGUGACCAUGUACCGGCUGCGGAGCGGAGCUGGAGUGGUGGAGGGUAUGCAUCAGGCCAGCAGGCUAUCUAAGGCGCCACCCAGCCUGGCCAGCGAGCUGACCUUCAGCGGCACGGCGCAGCGAGGAGUGCCUGUGGUGUCUCUCAAUGUGGCGAUGGCGGCGCAGCCCGGCGGCGGCAAGGCAGCCGUGCGCUGCGGCUGCCGCGGCGCCUGCACCCGGAACUGCAGCUGCAAGAAGAAUGGUGCGCGGGCGCUGGAUCUGGGGCAAACCGAGAUCAGGCAGCUGCCCAGCGGGCCGUACCUGGGCGGGCUGAAGACGCUGCUGUUGGAGGGGCACCGCAUGACCCGCCUGCCGCCCUCGCUGCGCGAUGCUGCACAGCUGGAGGUGCUGGACUUGGGACGGCUCGUGCCUGGAUCAUGGUACCCCUAUGAGCGCAACAACAAACCCAGCCCCGGGCUGGCUCUGACAUUUGACGAUGUGGCCAUCCUUGCGGGCAUGCGCAGCCUGCGGUUGCUGUGCGGCGCAGGCGGCGUGGGGCCCUUCUUCAACUUCAUCUUUCCACAGCUGUACGUGUCGAAUCGCUGCCUGAAUCAGCUGCCCCAAUUUGUGCCCAGUGGAUGGGACCGCGGCAUCGAUGCUGAGCUGGUCCUUCAGGCUGCUGGCAUGAAGUUCCAGGUUGCUGGCAUGAAGUCCCAGGCAUUUGUGUCCAAUUUUGUGGAGGAGUUCCCGACCGCCGCGGCCCAGCUGCAGGAGGCGCUGCACAAUAUUGGGGCCGGUCCGCUGCAGAGUAUGCAGCGGUUGGUUGAGGCUCUUCGAACGGCCUUUGCCGCUGCCACCCAUGAGCCCGUAGCAUGA